ACUGUUAGUAAACUGUCUUGAUAAUAAAAUGUAUAGCUAUGAGUUUAGUUUAGUGCGGCUUCGCGGCUAAGCUAACCACAUAAAUUUAGAGUUUUAUUUAUAGAAGAUCCAUGACUAAAUCAUGGUUACUGCUUGCAGUCAUCGUAGCAAACAGCUUUUGUCAAGCCAAGAGCGAUAUACUAUGCAUAAAUAUUGACAAACGAGGAAAAGACUUGGUCAAAGUCUGCUGCGAGGGCUAUGUAGGAACGCCUCCCAAGUGCCUGCCCCACUGCAAGCGGCGUUGUCAAAAGAAUGCCCAUUGUAUUGCACCCGAAAUAUGCGAAUGCAAUAAAGGAUAUCACCGCAAAUCGAGGAAGUCCGGCGGUUUCAAAUGCGUGCCGCACUGCGUCAUGGCGUGUGGCAAGCACAGCUAUUGUGCAGCUCCCGAUGAUUGUGUCUGUCGCAAGGGAUAUCAGCGCAACUUACCGGAGCAACAAUGCGAGCCCAUUUGCGAGCCGCAAUGCGUGAACGCGCUCUGCACGGCGCCGCAGGAGUGCACCUGCAACGAGGGCUACGAGACGAUGGGCGGCAGGUCGUACAGUCUGCAGGGGUGCCAGCCACAGUGCAGCAACUGCACCUAUGGUGACUGCCUUGCACCCGAGCACUGUCGCUGCUGGCCGGGAUUCUUUAGAGACGCGGGAUGCCGUGCGCUGCCAGAUGCGGUGCAGUCGGUGGAAUAUUGUUUGAAUAACUGUAACUGCUUGCACGAAAUCACCCACUGGGCUGUCGAACGUAGCGUCGAUGCAUGUCUACAAAUUUGCAAUAGAGGGCUCCAGGAGCCUUGCGUGGAGCUGAGUACUUGCCGUUGCAUUACGGCCAAUAAUAUAUUCAUUUGCGAAUCUGAGCCAACUGAGCCGCCGCGUCGUUAUGCUUGCCUGGAGUUCAAGCCCUCCCCGAAAAUAUCUGCAGACAUGACGGAGAGCAGCAGCACUAGCGCCACCAGCUCUACCACUAGCCUAGCUACUACCACACCCUCUAAUGUAAGCGAGGGUCGUACGAAUAGUUCUGCUUCUCAUACUGCCCACACUCUAAAUCUCUGUGCAAUAUCUUUUAUUUUAAUUCGUUUUUAGUAAAUUAUGUUCAACCCAUGCGCGAU